UCAGAACUGCUCUGAAAAGAGCUCAUAUCUGCUCUGAGAAAUCUUUCUAACAACCAACCUCCACCUGUGAUAUUUAUAUUUCCGGAUAUUUUAUCAGUGAUCAGCAACUCAUCAAGUCACAUACUGUACACUGACUAGAAGAAAGAUGGACAGCGACCAAAUUGAUCUUCUGUUGGAGUUGGUACCGUUGCCUGUGAUGAUUAGCUUUUUUCACCGCAAGAAAACAGCAAUCGCCUCUAACAUCCAUAAACCCUUAACCUUCCUUAAUCAGCUUCAAGACCAAGAUCUAAUAACUGAGGACCUCUACCAGACUGUAUUAAGGGCAAGCAUUAGGGAUGAAAAGCAGCAGGGUUUGCGUAAUAUUUUGACCUAUGUGGAGAAGCAGGGAGAGCAAAGUAUUGAGCGGUUUUGGAAAUGUGUGUUUGAGGAUCACAUGCUGAAAGAAUAUCCCUUUCUAAAUUCAUUCUUUAGAAGACUUCUGCAAGAACCGGUCAGAUCACAUGGACAGUUGCCUCAUGCAAAGAAGCUGACAAAAAGUGAGAAAAAGGAGGCAGGGCAAAAAAAGGGUCAAAAUAAGAGAAAGAAAAGCAUUGAUGAGACAGAGGAGGAGCCACACACUUCUUCUGUGUCAGGAUCAAGCCAGAAGAAAGCAGCCAUGAUGACCAGAUCCUCAGGGUCAUAUAGUAUGAACAUCAGCACAGUAAAGGAAGGAAAACCAUCAGAACUAAAGAAGGAUGAAAUAAAUAUGGAGAAACCCAUUGAUAUGACAGAAGAUGAAAAACCAAGCCCUUCCUUUGUGUCCAGUUAUGCCCAGGGCAGACCCUCCAUGCAGAACACAUUCUCCCUACCAAUAAAGAGAGAGGAGAAGGAGGAUAUUUGGACAUUGGAUAAAAAAAUUCCUGUUACCUGUGCGGAUGAAGAGGGCACACACUAUCCAGACAAGCUUGCCAGAGAGCUACCAAUAAAGAUGGAAAAGAAGGAGGAUAUUUCGACAUUAGCUAAAACUCUUCCUGUUACCUGUGGAGAUAAAGAGGGCACACUCCAUGCAGACAAGCUUGCCAGAGAGCUACUAAUAAAGAUGGAAAAGAAAGAGGAUAUUUCGACAUUAGAUAAAAGUCUUUCUGUUACCUGUGAAGAUAAAGAGGGCACACUCCAUGCAGACAAGCUUGCCAGAGCAGGGUCAUAUAGUAUGAACAUCAGCACAGUGAAGGAAGGAAAUCCAUCAGAACUAAAGAAGGAUGAAAUAAAUAUGGAGAAACCCAUUGAUAUGACAGAAGAUGAAAAACCAAGCCCUUCCUUUGUGUCCAGUUAUGCCCAGGGCAGACCCUCCAUGCAGAACACAUUCUCCCUACCAAUAAAGAGAGAGGAGAAGGAGGAUAUUUGGACAUUGGAUAAAAAAAUUCCUGUUACCUGUGCGGAUGAAGAGGGCACACACUAUCCAGACAAGCUUGCCAGACAGCUACCAAUAAAGAUGGAAAAGAAGGAGGAUAUUUCGACAUUAGCUAAAACUCUUCCUGUUACCUGUGGAGAUAAAGAGGGCACACUCCAUGCAGACAAGCUUGCCAGAGGGGAGGAGUGUAUUCUGUGUCAGGACCACUGGUUUACUCCAAAUGACUUUGAGAGAUUUUCGGGAAAGGGAAAUUACAAAAACUGGAAACGCAGCAUCCGCUUCCAAAACACUCCUCUGGAGACACUUUUACAGGAGGGACAUUUGCAGUGUCCACACACUUACAGAAGAUAUGCAAAGCAGAAAAAGGCAUUUUCUUCUAGAUGUGUGAAAAGCUCCAGUCCUGAGACAAAUGAAUCCAAUGAAGACUGUGUAGAGUGGAUAAAAGAAGAGGAUAAUGAAAAAGAAGAAGACAAUGAAAAUGACAGUGAGCCAGUGGACUUAUCUACAUUUGACACCAUUGCUUUACCAGUCAGCUGUGGUUCUGUCAGUGGGAUUUUACAUAAAAGCAGAUUUACAGGGUUACACAGUAAGUGUAUCCGCACAGAGGAGCGCUGGUUCAAUCUUGAGGAGUUUGUAAAGCAGGGGGUAACUCUGACUAAUGGACACUGGAAGAAAGACAUACUGUGUCAUGGCAAAACCCUUAACUACCUGGUGAAGAAAAAAAUCCUACACAUACAUUCAUGGCUUUGUCCCUGUGAUCUUUGCUCUCCUGAAAAGCAAUGGGAACAGGAUAAUGAUGAUGUGUGCUACAUUUGUAACACUUUGGGAAAGCUGGUGUGCUGUGACGGGUGUCCACAAGCUUUUCACCAUCACUGCCACUUACCCACUCUACAGGAGGACACACUGAAGGAUGAAUGGCUGUGCACAUUCUGUGUGUUAAAGGCCAAGCAAAAAUUGUGGACUCGAAUGAGCCUGAAUUCUGCAUUGCAAUGUCCUGUUUCUGGAAACAUGCACUGUGAAUAUUUAUUGUUGAAUUUAUAUAAGGAGGACACACAGCAUGUGUUUAUCGAUGAUCCUACUAAACAGGUGGCAAAAUACAGCAGGGUAAUCUCUAACCCAAUGUGGCUGAACCGAGUGAAAUCCAAACUGCAGAAUAAGGAGUAUAAAACCAUACAACAGUUUGUGUGUGAUGUCCUUCUUAUCUUUGAGAACUGCAAAAAGUUUAACAAGGUGUAGUAGGCAAACCAUAGAUGAGUCAACAGCUACAGACCUCCAAAUUUCAUGUGCUGUAGCUUGCAGAACAGUGUGUAGAGAGCUUCAUGGAAUGGGUUUCCAUGGCUGAGCAGCUGAAUCCAAGCCUUACAUCACCAAGUGCAAUACCAACCAUCAAAUGGUAGACACUUCACUGUCUGGCAAUCUGAUGAAAGUCUGGGUUUGGCAGUUGCCAGAGGAACAGUACUUGUCUGAUUGCAUUGUGCAAGGUAGAAAGUUUGGUGGACGGGGAGAUUUUUUUAGAAGGUGUGCAAGAAGUUCUUAAUGCUUAAGCAUUCCAAGACAUUUUGGACAAUUUUAUGCUACUUUGUGUGAACAGUUUGGGGGCAGCCUCUUCCUGUUCCAACAUGACCGCACACCUGUGCACAAAGCAAGAUCUAUAAAGACAUGGAUGAGCGAGUUUGGUGUGGAAGAACUUGACUGGCCUGCACAGAGCCCUGACCUCAACCUGAUAGAACACCUGUGGGAAAGAUUAGAGCGGAUACUUUGAGCCAGGCCUUCUCGCCCAACAUCAGUGUCUGAUCUCAGUCUGAUGCUUCUGUUAGAAUGG